AUGCCCACGACAGUACACGAAAAUAUUGCCCUUCUUAACAUGAUGUCCUCGGACAAUCUGGAUGAUGAUUUAAAGACUGUUCAGCUCCAUUAUCCAUCGGAGCGCCGAUUGCAAAGCGACGGCGCAUGCGUAGAAGAGAGGGUGAGAACCUCGCGUGGCGACAUCCUAGUGGCGGUCCGCGGGGACCGCAAGAAGCGCGCCAUCAUCACAUACCAUGACCUCGGCCUCAAUUAUGCCGCGAAUUUUCAAGCAUUUUUUAAUUUUGUUGACAUGAGGGCUAUUUUGGACCAGUUUUGCAUUUACCACGUGAACGCUCCGGGCCAAGAAGAAAACGCCCCGACUUUGCCCGAAGAUUUCAUUUAUCCGACUAUGGAUGAGUUAUCUUCUCAAAUUGACUUUGUCCUCGGCCAUUUCGGCAUCAGGUCAUUCAUUGGAUUCGGAGUCGGGGCCGGAGCGAAUGUGCUAUCCCGUUAUGCAAUCAACAACCCUCACAGGGUUGACGCCUUGAUUUUGAUCAACUGCACGUCGACACAGGCGGGCUGGACCGAAUGGCUGUACCAAAAGAUUAACACGAGACAGUUACGAUCGAACGGAAUGACCCAAGGGGCCCUGGAUUACCUCAUGUGGCACCACUUCGGGAGAAGCACCGACAAUCGCAACCACGACUUGGUUCACGUCUACAAAGAGUGUUUCUCUCACAUGAACCCUGUCAACUUAUCCAUGUUAAUCGACUCGUACCUGCGUCGCUCUGACCUAGCGAUUGCGCGGGACAGUAACACUUUUAAAGUCCCAGUGCUGAAUGUAACAGGUGGGCUGUCACCACACGUCGAAGACACCGUCACAUUCAAUGGCCGCUUGGAGCCAGCAAAGACCUCUUGGCUGUGUAUCUCGGAUUGUGGAAUGGUGCUCGAGGAGCAGCCGAAUAAGAUAUCUGAGGCUUUCCGAUUAUUCCUUCAGGGCGAGGGCUACUGCAGGUAG